UACAAAGCUAAAGCUUCUCACAGCAGAUCAGGAGAAGAGAGGGAGAGGGAGAUCAGGCUGUGUGAUGGGAUCCUAGGGUGACUGGUCCUCUUCUCUGCCCAGAGCAUGGUGCCCACCUCUGCCCCUGGCACCUCUGAUCACUGCAAGGAGCUGCUCACAACUUUCUAGGAGCUGGGGACCCUGGAAGAUGGCAUGAGGACCUCAGCAACUGUGGACAAAGAGCCCAACAUGUGCCCAAGGAGGGAUGCCUAGGACACAAAGAUCUGCUGGAUGCCCCCCCUACAAUGUGCCCAGGCAGCACCUACCCUGGACAAAGACCUACCUUAAAUGAUGGCUAAUGGACCAAGGAUUUGCCCCCUUUUACAGCUACAAAGGAAGUGCCCAUGGAAUAAGUGCCCUGUGCCCUCAGGGUCGUUGUGACUGUACCAAGCGACUAGCUAGGAUGAGGACUGCCCUGGCACUGGUCACUUCAGGGGUCCUCCUGGUAAUAGGGGGGGUCUUUUGGCUAAGGAAAGACCCACAUCCUGUGGAGCAGCCUGAGCACCUCCAUCAAAGAUCCCCCAGGGCACUGCGCCUGCCUGCACUACACCCGCAUACUCCACCAGUUACUGAGGGACAUACCCAGGGGGCAUCUCCAGGGCAGGGGAACCCAGAGAACCGGUCACUGCCCAGCCUUUCCCUGGAGCAGGGCAUCUACUGGCCACGGGCACUAGAGAGGGCACUGCCGCAGGGCUUUACAGAUGAAUACUCUCAGCACUGGCAGCAAUUUGCCCGCAAUGCCAGCGUGGUGACCCUGGAGAGAGGCUGCGGGCGCAGCACCAACCGACUGGCAACCUUAUCAGAUGGCAGCAAAGCCUGCAUACGGUAUGGCAUCAAUCCUGAACAGAUCCAGGGGGAAGUUCUCUCCUUCUACCUAUCUCGCCUGCUGGGGCUGCCAGCCGUGCCACCCUGCGUCCUCUCUAAAGUUGGAAGCACUCAGUGGGCGCUGGCUGAUUUGGGGGGCACAGGUUGGGCAUCAGGUGCCUUGGUCACCAUCACCCCUUGGCUGCACAACCUCAGCUCGGUCCUGCCACCCCUUGCCCUGCGAGCCGAGGAUGGCAAACUGCGUCCCCUGCUGGAGGAAUUGCACUCAGGGCAAACUGGCAUGGUGGAGCUGGCACAGUGGGGCGACUUGAUCCUCUUUGACUACCUGACUGCCAACUUUGACCGGCUAGUGAGCAAUCUUUUCAGCCUCCAGUGGGAUCCUCGGGUCAUGCUGCGAGGAACUAACAACCUCCACCGGUCUCCAGGUGGCACCUUGGUUUUGUUGGAUAACGAGGCCGGGCUGGCACACGGGUACAGGGUUCGGGACACCUGGGACAAGUACAACAAGGAGCUGCUGGUUACAGUGUGUCUGUUCCGCAGGGGUUUGGUGCGGAAAUUGCGGGAGCUGUACUUGGGGCAGCGCACCGCGGAGGAGCUGCACGCGCUGUACUUGGCAGGGGAACCGCUGGCCGCGGAGCUCGGCUUAUUAACUGAGUCGGAGGCGCAGGUCCUACAAGACAGAGUGGGAUUCCUCUAUAGACAUAUACAGAGCUGCCAGGACAGGUACAGCUGAUAAAAGUGGAUCUAGAACCGCUUUGUCGGACACUUUCUUGUAGGACACUGCCCUGAAAACCUGAUAAAGUUUAAAAAAUCAUUUUUUUUUAUAAAAUUUUACUAACUGUUUUACCUGUAAA